AUGCUACGAAUCGCCGUCGUCGUGCUGGUGCUCGGCUUAACCGGCAGCGUUGCUGAAGAAAAUGUGAAAGAUGCGAUGGCAGCAGGUCACCACGGUGGCCAUAGCGAUUUUCAUGAACAUCAUGGACCUCCACAAAUGCCCUUCUACGGUGACUUCAAUUUCAACAUCUACGGUUACGGGCGGCAUCACGACCAUCUCAUCAACACUCAUGUCUGCAGUCUCGAUGCCUCUUACGCUGUCUACUCGUAUCCUCACAAGAGACACAGGAGACCGCACAUUCUGGACUGUUCGGAUGCUUUUUCCUAUGCGUAUCGAGGAGCUGACAGAGAUGACUACACCCAAACAAGUUGCGACAGAUGCUGCAAGCAAGCUGCACGACUUGACAACAUGAAAGAGAGCGAAAUCAUCGGUAUGAUGCUGGUAAAGCACCAUGUAGCUAAAUGUGCGUGUUGUGCACCGUAUCGUCCGUACAUGGAUCUUCUCGGCAUCCCCGUACGAUAUCCUCCGUAUCAGCCGCAAUACCAACCUUAUCAGCAGAAUCCACCGCCAACCUACGCGGAUCCUACGUACUCGAACAACAAUCAACCCACCGGCUAUUAG